AGUGUCGGAGCCGUUACUCCCGUGGAGACUCCCUGCGUGCGUAGCUUUUUCAGCGGAUCUGGGAUCUGUGCCGACGGCAAGUUUCGCUGGAGGCAGAAACACGUAGCCACUCUGGUACGUUUGCCAAAGGGAGCAAUAAAGAGACUUUUGGAAAUGGACUCGAAGCACAAAUAACAAUGAAGACUGGUCUGCUGUAGCCUGCUGCCCAACUUUGGAUGGAGUUUAUGUUUUUUUAUCCAGCAAAGAGCACAGAAGCAAGGAGGGGGAUCGGAAUUUACCGGUGACAAGUCAGAGAGGAAGAAAAAAAGGAAAGGGGAUACACUCCUUACAUGAAGAAAUCUUUUUAAACAGCUUUGUUUCACUCUGAUUGUAGAGGUUUCCAAUCUGAAAGUCGUUGAAAAUCACUACCAGGAAGAGACAGCCCAAACUUUCCCCUCUUCCAACUGAGCUUUGACUUUGAGGGGAAAAAACUACAACCAUGGCGAAAAAGUAUGAUUUCCUUUUCAAACUGUUGCUCAUCGGGGACAGCGGAGUGGGCAAAACAUGUCUGAUUAUCCGUUUCGCUGAGGACAAUUUCAACUCCACAUACAUUUCCACGAUCGGUAUGUUCACACCACACUGACAAAUAUGUGCCGUGUAACCUCCAUGUCUGCAGGAGCUGGUGAUGAGAGACAAAUGUUAUGUUGACAUGAUUUCAUUCUUUGAUUUCAGCACCGCACCAACUGGUUUCACUGUGUUUUCAUGUCUGAACUAGCCCAUGUACUCUCAAAACUUUUCCUUUUUUUAUUCACUCGCUCAUCUUUCUUUCUUUCUUUCUUUUCCCCUGCCUCUGGAUGUGUCUUUCCCCCUGACCCUAUCUCCCCCAUCUCUCCCUCAGAUCUCAUUCCUCUCACUUGGCUCUCAGAGGGUCCACCCACCCUCAUUCCUAUCUUUUUCACCAUCUCUACGUUCCCAGAAGAAUGGUUGGCUUUCUGGCCUGCAAAGGACAACCCCCCCUCCUCCUCGCCUUUGCCCUAUCUGUCUGUCCAUCCAGCAGGAAAAGAGAAAACAAAACUCAUAGGGUUUUACGUCUUUCCUUUAUGUCUGCUUGUGGACUGCACUGAGGGGGUCAAAAUAACAGUGGGAGUGACCAUGAAUCCACCCCUAUGAGGGUGACCUAUAUAUCCUGCAGUGUGUGUAUGUGUCUCUGUGUGUGUGUGUGUGCUUGGGUGUGUUUUUAGUUCAUAUCUGAGGUAUUUAACUCAUCAUCCCCCUCCUCUCCGCUCUUUCCUGUCCUCUUGUUGUCUCUCAGGCAUCGACUUUAAAGUAAAAACCAUCGAUGUGGAUGGGAAGAAAGUGAAGCUACAAGUUUGGUAAGAGAUGACAGUUGGUUGUGUGUCUAAAAAUUCUUUGUUCUGUGAUUUGGCAAGGCAGUCAAUGCUGAAUAAUAAGAGUUAAAGAAAAGAGGAACCUCCCUGUUGUUCUUCAAAUCAUGUCAGGCUUCACUGCCGAGCAAACUGCUGCACAUGGACAUUAAACAGAUCUGUGCCCGCAACAUAAACUCACCUUCCUGCAGAAGCAUAGAAAACACAUACAUGUAUUCCUAUCUUAUUCCCUAAUUUCAAGAUCAGCUUUCUUUUCUCUUUUCAGUCAUUUGCAGUUCUUGCAAGACAGGCAUGCUUUGGUGCACUCUAAAUGUGUGUGCUUUGUGCAGGGACACAGCAGGCCAAGAACGGUUCAAGACCAUUACAACAGCUUACUACAGAGGAGCCAUGGUGAGUUCAGGACCCCUGCAGAACAAAUAGACCGGAUUACAAGGCUGACAUCACUGCUGACUCUCUUAUGUCUGCAUGUUUCUGUGUGUCAGGGCAUUAUCCUGGUGUACGACAUCACAGAUGAGAAGUCCUUCGAAAACAUCCAGAACUGGAUGAAGAGCAUCAAAGAGGUGAGACACAUCGCUAUUAAUCAGACUUCUUUACGCUGUUAGAUUUGCAAUGAAGUAAAAAUGCAACACUCAAAGAGAAGAAUACUGGGAGAAACAGUGGUUAAUAUUCAAGAAACAAACCAACUGCUUCGAUCAAUAGGCUCAUGAGGUCCGGAUUAAGUACCUGGAUGGCAAAAGUUCUCCACCAUUAGGUUUGAGCAUAAUCAGUAAGAAAUGGGACACUCUUUCUAUAUAGAGAAACUUGGUUAUUUAGUUUGUUUGUAUUGUUCUUGUAUUUGUUGUUUAUUCAGCUGCAUUUUGAUUUGGUGGCAGCAGGAGAUUUAGAUGCACAAAUCCUUAGACUGAAGAGGAACCAAAGAACUUCUCACACUGACUGUGAAAUCUGUUCUAUCUUAUGUAAGUUUGGUUCGAAAAGUUCACAGUUAGGUGUGGGUCUUAAAAAGUAGAGAAGAGGCACAGAGGAUGGCAUGCAAAGUCCAACCAAGAAUGCUGUCGCUGCAGAAUAUUAGGGAACUGACACAGAAAUAUUAGUAGAGAGAGUACUAUCACUAUAAGUCAGUGUGAAACGACACAACCAGCUAGGAACUCUCCUUUUUUCUUUUUCCAUGUGUAAAAAUAGUGGUUACUACCUGGUACCCUGUAUCUCCUAAGUGCACUGUGUCAAAGCUAAAAGGGUUGAGGUGAAGCGCAGCAGACCAGACCAUUGAUUGGUCAGAGAACUGGACGCACUACAGCUGACAGUGCCCAACCAUUCCCACCGCUCAGUGUUAGGAAGGGUUUAUGCUGCUGUCUUCAAGUUUGUGUCAGCAGUCUGCAGCUGCAACUUUACCAUGCAUAAGUCAACACGAAUAGUUAGACUACCACUGUAUUUUGUUACAUGGGUUUCUGUUAUAUACAAGAAUGAAACAAGCCCCUGUCUUAAAGAGCAUUAGUAUCACUUUCUAUUUAAAACUUCAGCUAUAGCUGGCAGGUACUUUCUACAGUGGAAAACAAAAAAGUGAGUACUUGCAUUUUCCAGUUGUACUGCGCUGAAACAACUGUCUAAGCUAACUUAUGUGAACUAAAGGCUCAGUGACAUCCCAGUUAGAUUGAAAUUAAAUCAUCACAAAGCUCUAGAAACCACAUUGUAAACCAACUUUUCACCUGGAGGUCCUUAAAUCAAAGCUAAACCUUUCUUUUUAAUCAAAAUGAAAAUAAGAGAAAUAAUUUAAAGGAAAUUUUAAUGCAUGGAGAGGAGCCCCUUUGCAUAGUCAAAAACCUGCAAUGAAACCUAGAAAUAUUCUUACUUUUAUCCUGGACCUCAGCUGGAUUAAAAACCAACAGACUGAUUGCUGAAAAUAAGCACCAAGUUGUCUAAAUACCAGCUGUGACUAUUGUUAAAGCAUUGUGAUGAGGUUAGCUCAAUUUGAAGUAGUGAAAAAAUGUCUCAGAGCUGGAAUCGUCUGUUGAGUGCAGCUUCUUCUGCACCUUCAGUUUGAACCUCAGUGCGAGUAUUGAAACAUUUGGUUUAUAUGUAAGCUGUGCUGCCUUCACUGUCUUCUAGAAAGGGCUUUUCACCAGAGCAAAAAUUCCUGAAGGCAAGAAGUCAACUUUCACUAAUCAAUUAACUGCUUUCCCUUUUCCCAGAAUGCAUCUGCUGGGGUCAGUCGGAUGUUACUCGGAAAUAAGUGUGACAUUGAGUCUAAGCGGAAGGUUACCAAGGAGACAGGAGAAAAGGUGAGAUGACCCAAACAGACACCUAGUCACAGAGCAAUCUUUGUUUUUAUUCUUGUGUGUCGUGUCAAUUUGCAGUAGCGAAUGUGCUGAGCAUUGUUCAGAGCAGGCAAGUGUGGCACAUGUUUUUUUUAUUGCUGCCACCCUACAUUUACUUAAGAUAAGAAGCAGGUAGUGAUUAUCACCCAUGUCCUGGCCUUCAGUCUAAAACUAGGUGUGUGUUUAUUGUCCACAGUUGGCUAAAGAUCACGGCAUCAGGUUCUUUGAGACGAGUGCAAAGUCCAGCAUUAACGUGGAGGAGGUAAACAUGACUCCUCGUAAAUCUUUUGCUCAUGUGUGUGUUUAUUUAACUAAAAUGGUUUCACUUUUCAUUUGUCUUUCUUUCUAAAUUUCCCUCAGUCUUUUCUGUCUUUGGCACGAGACAUUCUACAGAAAUCCAGCAAGAAACCAGUAAGCCCAAAAAAAACUCCUCAAACCAAAAACAAACUUCUAUUCCUGACUAAAUUCAAGACUUCUUUUGCACCAGAUACAUCUCUAAUACUCUGAUUUUGUUCUUAUGUUCUUGUUUGGCAGGGCCCCACAGGCCGAGAGGUGAAAAUCACCAGCACGUCAGAGAAAAAAGCCUCCAAAUGUGCUCUCCUCUAGGUGUUACUCUGGACCCCUCACACAAGUCUCCAAGCAUAGUAGGAAUGUUACUAUGGAGAAAUCUAGCACACAAGGUUCUUUGUCUCCAUCUAGUGGCUAUCAUACAAAAAUACAAACCUAAAAGGAUGUUUUAAACCAAAUUACUGGUGUAUUGCUAAUGUAUUUUACUCCAAAAAGAUUGUUUUGAUAUUUAGGGAUUUAUGGAUAUGAAACUUUGUAUGCUCACUGAAUACAUCCACUCCAAGCCAUCCGAAAUAUUAUUUUUGUUGUGCCAAUGUUAAAAAAAUUGGGAUUCCUAUAUAAUAAUUUUUUCCACGAUUUCACAAAGCACACAUUUCUGUUACUUCAGCCUAUUAUUUCCCCUAGCUGUCCUCAUGUAAUCAUCCCUGCAGCUCUCACUGCUUACUGCCUUAAAAUACCUUUUUAAUGUCUUACUUUUGAGUGCACACUGAUAGCUUUUAGUUGGUUGUCAGCAGAGGAGGAGACGGUUAGAAAGUGUUUUCAUUCACACAUCUUGACGUAAAGGAGCAACAAGCAUCCAGUAGAUUCUGUUGAAUUAGUAAAAUACUGGACACAAGUGGAAUAAAUAACUACAUUUAAAUCUUGAAAUUCCCCCGUUCUGUAAUGCACUUUUGCUUUUGUUUGUUUCCCAUUUUAAAUGAAAAAUUUGAUAUAAAUUUAGCAGUUCUCAAAAUUCUGCUGUGCUGUUGUAGUAAAGAGGGAAUACAGUUUAGGGCCACAUAAACAUAUAACAGAGACACCACAGACUUUAUGUAACACUUGAUAUCAAAGCAUAGUACUUGAUCAAUUUCAUUAUGUUCAUAUUUGAACUAUGUUUCAGUAGAUUACAGUAUUAUACUUAAUUCAACAGAAUCUACCAUAAAAAAUUCUUUCUAAUGUUGAGAAAGUCAUUUUAUGCUGCGUCCUUGAAGAAGAUGAAAACAAGCUUCUUUGUGUUUAUGAUUUUUACUUGAAUGGUAUCGAAUCAGAGACAAACAAUGGUAAAUUAAGCCUUGUUUUAACAGAAGGAUGGAUUGAGAAAGUGGAAGACGGGCGCAGAGAUAAGUGCAAUAUGAGAAGCUGAGUGGAGAGAUAAAAGAAUGAUGGAUAAUGCAAGUGAAUGGACAGGAUGUGAGGGAAGCUGCAGUACCCACUAGUACCCCUUUUUAAUUGAUUUAGUGGGUCUUGCUUUUAUCUGAAGUGCCUGGUAAAAGUCUUACCAAACACUGUUGCACAUUAGCUACAUAUGACAUUACAGUCUUCUUGUUCAGGCAACCUCACCACAUUCAAAAGAGAGUCUUUGUUAUGAGUGCUCGACAGAUAUUGACAGAUCAGCCGUAUUUUUUGUGUCUCCUUUUUAUGCGUUUCUGUCACAGUCUGUCUUGUAAACUUGCCUCACGACCUUGUAUGUACUGAACAGAGCUGCUGCUUCCUGAAUAAAAAUGCAAAACAACA